AUGGAGGACGGCAGGUCUGUCACCCCAACAAACAUCAGCAUGGAGAAGCCACCGCAAGUAAGCGCCCCAUCCCAGGAAGCACCAACCACAGACAAUAUCUCUAGGGCUGCCAACGAAACUGUUCCACAGGAGCUUUGGAGCGAGAAAGAUCUGCAAAUAGUUGAGCAGAUUGCCAAUCUUGACCAAACUUGGGAACAAGUUUGUCAGCUCGCACUAAACACCGUCCAACAGCAGCACACUGUGGCCGCUACUCACUACAGGUGGCAGAAGUUCCGAGAAAUCGCGAAACCUGGCAUGCCGCCACCGUCCAUGCCGCCACCAGCUCCACCAGCGACGCACAGAAAGCGAAAGGCAACACCUUCGACGAUCGAUAUCUCAACACCGGCGACUGUCAGCGCGGAUCCCGUGUCCCCAGAACAUGGCGCCGAAACCGACGCGAAUCCCACAAAGCCCAUGACCCAACGUGGACAUGACAACGCUUCCUCGCGCAAAGUUCUAUCGCAAACGCCGCGGAAUAUCAAGCAAAGGGAACGCAUUGCAUGUGACCGUUGCGGGACCGAGGUCUCACGAUCAGGCAUCUACCAACACUAUGGUUCGGAAAAGUGCCAGUCCAUUGUGCUCGCUCGCAAGGGAGAAUCCGAAAUGGCAAGUACGUCCAACUCGCGACCAGUCACACCACCUACCGAGCCUUCGAACGACACGGACCUGCCAGAUGCCGCUGCAUCCGAUGAAACUCCAACCCCCAGGUUCACGCCGAUCAACAAGGUCUCCACUUCGACUCAAGCUGCCGUAUCAAUAUUCCCGACCCCAUCGGAACCCGCACAAGCUGCUUCAAACCCGCCGACACCUGUCAUCAAAGAGCCGGUAUUCGAUUCUCACUACGAUCGUUGCGUCCAACGAGCCGUUCAUAAAGGUGGAUACUGUCAAGAAGCAGCCCAGGAGAAAUACGCCUUUCUAAUUUUUGGCCUCCACGAGGCGCGGACCGAAGCUGCAGCCGCCGACCAAGAGGAUGAAGAGACCGGCGAGCCUGUGCAGAAGGGCAGUCGUCUGAACUGGGUCGAGCCGGAGCCACAUCGACUUGCGGCUCAAGCUGAUCCAAACUCGCGAAUACGACCGCAGACCUUUCUGUCGAAUAUCCAGAGCAAUAUGGCGGAGCUACGUCGGAUCUAA